CGUGCGCCUCACCGUGCCUCUCACUCCCGCCCGCCCCCUCGCGAGCUUCCUGAUUUGGCAACGCGCCUGCCUCGCGUGAGUGUUGAUCUGCGAGGCGGAGACAAAAAGCAGCCUUGGCUCAGGAAGCGGCAGCAAACGCAGCGAGGCAACUCGGCGUGGAGAAGGGACGCAACUUGAGCAUCCACCAUCCUUCUCAUCCCACUCAAUCCUUCGAAUCGUCCUCCAGCUCUCACUUCGCUGCCGUCGCCGCGAUGCAGAUGCUUAGGAGAUCGCGCUCGCCGUCCAAGGCAGGGUCUGCGGCGGGCAGCGACCACGCCUUUGCAUCUUCGUCUAGGCCAGCUUCGCCCGUCAAACCAGGCUCCUCAUCCUCUCGCCCAGCCUCGCCUUCCAAACCGCCACCGUCGUCGUGGAGGAGAUUAUCUUCGAUGGCAGGCAUUCAGUUCGAUGAAGACGUCUAUGUAGGCGGUGAGGGAGUAGUCAACGCAGACGCCAGGCUACCCGGCCGCAUGGCAGACGCAGUCACGAGGGCCGACUUCUUCGACGUCGUCCUCGAUGAGGACAGCAGAGAAGCAGGCGCCCUUUUGCCCUGGCUUGGCUCCCUCGUCACGGAUCAUGCAGGUCCCAGUGCAGAGGCCAUGGACGACGAAGACCUCGACGCAGACACAGGGAUGCCGCGCGCUGGUAGCUCAGGCAGCAUCAACGCCAUCGGCGAGCGCAGUCACAGCAGUCCCUCUCGCAUGGUCCCCAACCUCUCUUCCGCAGGAAAUCCAGCAAAGUUCGAAUCAUUCCUCAUGGAGCUCGUAGACACGGAGCGCUCCUACGUACGCCGCCUCGAUACCCUGUACAAUCGGUACGCAAGGCCACUGCGACAGUCGGCCAAGGAUCGAGAGGCUGCCAUCUUGCCAGUGUACGAGGCGCAGAGACUAUUCGGCAAUGCUGGCGAGCUGCUUGGCGCCAACAUGGCUUUCUUGCAGGAUAUGGAGGAGCGUCUGGAAGCUGGUGGUAGCAGCUCAGGCUCGUGGGAUGCGCUCAAGGCCAGCAUCGGUGAAAUCGCGCAUAGGAAUAUGGCCUGUUUCGCCUGCUACAAUGAGUAUCUCAACAAUUUCGAAAAGGCCAAGCACAUCGAGCAGACGGCAUCCCGCAACAAUCGCAGCUUCCGCGACUUUGCCGACCGGGUCAAGCACUCAUCUGCCCCAAACAUGGGCAAUGUGUCGAUCCGUGAACUCAUCAUGGAGCCCGUGCAGCGUAUCCCGCGCUACAAGCUGCUGCUGGACGGCCUCAUCAAGACGCUACCUCAGGAGUACAGCUCGCAGAGGGCCAAGCUCGAGUCGGCCGUCGUACUAUGCAGUCGCAUCGCGAGCUGUGAGGUGGACGAGAAGACGCAGAGGGCGGCGGUGCUUUGGUCCUUCGCGCGCAAUGUGCAGGGCUUCCCAGCCGGCCUCUUCUCGGUGCACCGCAGUUUCAUUGACGCAAUCGACGUUGAGGACUUCCCUCUUGACGGAGCCACCAACACGGGCACCCCUUCCAGCCUCUUCUCCCCCAACCCCAGCAUCAAUGCUCGAUCGGUCCCAUGCACCCUCUUCCUCUUCGACGACGCGAUCCUCGUCGCCAAGCGCAACGCCACAGGGACGUCAGGAAAGCGCUCGCUGCGUCUGCACGACCUCAACCGACUCGCUGACGAGAUGAAGACGUACACCGAGAAGAGCGGCACGCCGAGUCAGCCAACAAAGAAGGCUGAGCUCAGCUUUCGUGGCGUGUCCGACAUUCUCGACAUACAGGCGGCGGAUCUGGGCGGGCCGGACAUGCAGCUACUGUUUAAAAGGGCACCGGCGCAUAUCCAUCACGAAAAGUGGACGGCGAGACCUCUCCGCCAGUAUGCCACCAUUGCGGACCCGCAGAGCGACUCUCCGCCACGCUUUGACAAGCUUCGCUUCCUCGAGAACCUCUGGAGGGCACAGGCGCUGUACAAGGCGCGAAGGGAUGGGCAAAGUCAUGUGCGAAGUGCUGUCAUUCCGGCCACGUCGUGCGAUGGUGACGAGGCUGGAGAGCCACGUCGACUUGUCCACUGGAACGUCUAUCAACGCCAAGGUUACCUGGCUGAGCCAAACAAGGCAGCCGUUGUCCUCGCCUGCGGUGCAGCGCCAAAUCUCAAUGCUGGCCCACCGCACGCCCUCCUCCGCAUCCACAGCAUCGACGAAGAGUACAAUGAGUGCACCUAUUCGACGCAAGCCGACGACGAUGAGUACGUACUGCCGCUAGCCGAUCUAGCGCAGCGCAUGCGCAAGCUGCAAGAGGCUGUGGAGCCCGCCAUGUCCUACGCUGGACCCUCGACCCCGUCAGCAAGCCAUCGAGGCCGAGUAGCCGCAGGACUCGAGUCGUUUGGUCGCUCCCUCUUCAGCGGCACGCCAGAGAGUAUUCGCUUUGGUACACCGCGCCGCAAGGGCAGCAUUCUCUCACGCAGCAGUGUCGCAACGUCCUCCGUGGCAGCCAGUGACGUCUUUUCGCAAUCCGGUCGCAGCGUCUCAACGGCAGGAACGAGCAUCAACAGUCGGGAUAUGCUUGCCUUUGGCGGGCCGUCAGUCGACGCGUCGGGCAAGUUGCUGCCCCCGGGUAGCCCGCAGAGCCCCAAAGUUGGGCGGCUGGCGACGAGUAGGCACAACAGGACAACCUCCGCGGGGACGGUGGAUAUGCUGCUUGGCGGAGGCGGGCAGGGGACGGCGCCGAGGCAACGACCCGCCAGUGCGGUAGAGAGCGUGGCCUUCCCUCACGUCGACGGGGCCGGCGGACCCUCAUCGCCCGCAGUCCACAACGCUCUUGCCAUGCGUCAGCGUGUCGUCGCUAGCAAGCCAUCAGGACCGCGUGCAGCGCCCACCCCUUCACCAGCUGGAACGCCAAAGCGGAAACCGGUUCCAGCAAAUGACAUUCCGUACACGCCGACGAGAAGGGUACCAUCCACGGCGUCGAAGCGGGCAGCACCAGAGGAGAGCGAGGAGGGAGCAAGUGAGGGAGAGGUGGACCGCGCCGGCAGCUUGUCCUCGAAACGCAGCAGGCGACCCAUGAGCGCUGCGCUGACGCCGCUUGGCCCUCGAACAGCCAAUGCCUCGCCCACACCAAGGAGGCACGUACGACCUGAGACAUCCUCGUCCUCAUCCACGUCGUCCUCGUCAUCAUCAUCAUCGUCGCUGCGUGGGCGCGUUCACCGCCAUCUGGCCCGACUUGACGAGACGGACAAGGAGAAUGCGGCUGGUCUUCAAGAGCUGGGCGAGGAGGCCGGCGAGAUGCGUGGAGCCGCGUCACAACUGGAGUCGCCCCUUCUGAACGAGCUGGUGGAUCGGCUCGAAGGAUGGCUCGAGGAUGCUGCGCAGCGAGGCGGGGAAGUGCAAGCUUUGAUCGCCAAGGUAGCGGGGGACGUCGAGCUUCUGCUGGCCAAGCUGGAAGAGCAAGGCGAGGCGGCUACCCUGGCGGAGAAGAGCGCGGGCGAGGUCAAAGUGCUCAAAACUCGCUGCGAGGCCUUGCAGCGUAAGUGCGAGCUCCUCACCGCUCUGGAGAAGGACGGUCGUCUUGAGAAUGCCGAGCUGCACCGCGCUUUCAACGAGGAGCUCGACCGACUUUACGACGAUACUCAGCUGGCCUCGCGGGGUGAAGAGGUGGCCGCACUGCGGGCUGAGGUGAAGCGAACAAAGGCUCAGCGCAACGAUGCUCAACUUAGGGCGGGAGAGCUGGAGCGACGGUACAAGGAGCAGAGCGGAUUGGUCGAGGCGUAUGAGGAGAGGCUGCGGGCCAACGGUCUGUUGUAGAGGUGCGUGACCAGCGCAAUCGUAUCGUAUUCUUCACAAUUUUCAACCCAGCCAGUCUGUCCUUUUACGCCUCACCGCCCCUUCGACAGCCUCUGCCACGCUUACGUCGCCCGCCGUGAGAUCGUUCAUCAACCCAUCUCCCUCGCCCCUCGGUAGUUCAGCCAGUGCCACGAACGUCGCAG